GUUGAAGGUAAAUAUAAAAUAAUAAAAAUGUUUUCUUUUUUCUUUUUCUUUUUCAUUUUCUUUUUUUUUUUUCUUCUUCUUCUUCUUCUUUAUCCUUUUUUUUGAUAUUAUUUAUAUCAUCAUAUUAUAAUAGAUUGAUGGAUAAUAAGAUUCAAUUUGCAGAGGUGAUCAAACCGGAACGAGUUCCUACCACUACACAUGAAGUAGAAACAAUAGAUUUGGAAAAGGAAGGAUACAGUGCAACAACUACAGAAAAUAUUGAAUCAAAGAAAAAGAAAAAUGUGGAUCUUACUGAACAUCUUUUAUCUCAUGAAGAGUGUGCAGCCAAGUACAAUACUCUGAUCAAUGUGGAAAAACCUGCAAGCUCACAAGGUUUAACAACUGCUGCAGCUACUGCUAUUGCAUCUGAAACUGGUCUGAAUAUUUUAUCUCCUCCCAAGAAAAGACAUCCUAUUUUGAAAUACUUUGAUUGUCUACUGAAUCUUUUCAAUCUUCUUUUGGUUUUUGCUGGUAUAUUGAAUUAUAUCUUAUUGGCCAUUGAUUUUCAAGGGAAUUUUCAAAAUACUUAUCUUGGUGCCAUCUAUAUUGGGGUUGCCUUAUUAAAUGCUUUUAUUGAAUUUUAUCAAGAAUAUAAAUCAAGUAAUAUGAUGGAACAAUUUAUGAAUAUGUUGGCAAGUAAAUCUACUUGUAUUCGUGAUGGGAAAAUGGUUCAAAUUGAUGCCUCUCAAUUGGUUGUUGGUGAUGUGGUUUUGAUUCGCAUGGGUGAUAAAGUUCCUGCUGAUGUAUUUAUUUUUGCUGGUGAAAUCAAGGUUGACAACAGUUCCUUAACUGGUGAAAGUGAUCCCCAAGAAAGAGGUCCUACUAACUCUCAAAAGAAUCCUUUGGAAGCUGAAAAUAUGGCUUAUAGUGGUACUUUGGCUGUUAAUGGUGAAUGUUACGGUAUCGUUGUACGUACUGGUGAUCAUACUGUCCUUGGUCAAAUUGCUGGUCUUGCUGGUGAUGAACAUAAGGCUCCUUCUCCAUUAUCUGUUGAAAUCAGUAACUUUGUUAAAAUCAUUGCCACCAUUGCUUUUACGACAGCAGUCAUCUUUUUCGGUAUCGGCUUACCUGUGAACAGCUACAAUGUCUCUCUCACUAUCAACUUUGCGGUAUCAGUAUUUAUUGGUUGGGUGCCUCAAGGGGUACCAAUGACCGUGACCAUUUUACUUACUAUUGCAGCAAAACGUAUGGCCAAUCGAAAUGUACUUGUGAAGGAUCUUCAAGGUGUAGAAACCCUGGGUGCAAUUACUCUUCUUGCCACUGACAAAACUGGAACUCUUACAAGAAACCAAAUGACAUUAACUAGUAUAUGGACCAAUCUUACAACUUUUACUACCGGAUUAGAUGCGAAGGGAAUUAAAUCUGCUGUUGGUAUCAAGGAAAUUGCCAUGAUAUCUGCAUUGAAUUCUCGUGCCAAGUUUGAUCGUACUGAUGUCCCUAUUGCUGAACGACAAAUUCUAGGUGAUGCUACUGAAACUGGAUUAACGCGAUUUGCUGCCCAAGCAGAAGAUUUUGAUGAACUGGUUGGUCGUUAUCCCAAGGUGUUUGAAAUCCCUUUCAAUUCUGAAAACAAAUAUGCUCUGUCUAUCCAUCGAAAAUCUCAUAACAAUGGUGAUUUGACUCUCUACGUGAAAGGUGCUCCUGAACGUGUGUUACGUCUCUGCACUACUAUCCUGACUGACAAUGAUGAACCUCUUCCUCUUACUCAACAACAUGAAGAUGCUUUCCAAGAAGCAUAUCAAUCAAUGGCUGGGCAAGGAAACCGUGUACUGGCGUUUGCUCAAUGUUUAUUACCCAAGGAAAGCUAUCCUUCUGAUUUUAUAUUUGACAAAAAGAACUGUCCUAUGGAAAAUCUCUGCUUUGUUGGUCUAGCUGCUCUGGAAGAUCCUCCCAAACAUGGUGUUCGUGAAGCAAUUGGUAAAUGUCGUCGUGCAGGUAUUAAGGUAAUGAUGGUAACUGGUGAUCAUCCAUUGACUGCUGAAGCUAUUGGACGCAAAAUCAAUCUGAUGCUUGGGGAUACAAAGGAAAUGGUGGCCAAGCGCACUGGAAAGGAUGUUUCUCAAGUACAAGAACAUGAAUAUAAUGCUAUCGUCAUUCAUGGUGAUCAUAUCGACACUCUAACUGAUGCUCAAUGGGAUGCUAUCUUCACCAAAGAUGAAAUUAUUUUCGCUCGAACUUCGCCAAAGCACAAACUUGAAAUCGUGAAGCAUGCUCAAUCCAUGGGUCAUAUUGUUGGUGUUACUGGUGAUGGUGUUAACGAUGCUCCUGCUCUUAAAAAGGCCGAUUUGGGAAUUGCUAUGAAUAUCUCUGGUUCGGACGUAUCUAAAGAUGCUGCUGCUAUGGUUUUACUGGACGACAACUUUGCUUCUGUGGUUCAUGGUAUUGAAGAAGGUCGACUUAUUUUUACAAAUCUUAAGAAAUCUAUUCAAUAUACGGUAUCUCAUUCUAUUCCUGAAGUCAUUCCUUGUUUAUUGUAUAUUAUUGUACCAUUAGCAUUACCAUUGUCUGCUAUUUUGAUUUUGGUAAUUGAUCUUGGUUUUGAAUUGUUUAUGGCUCUAUCAUUUGCUUGGGAUUUACCUGAAACACCUGAAGGUUUGAUGUUACAAUCUCCACGAAAGCCAGUAACCUUGGAUUCUAUUGAACGAUAUCGACGUAGAACAGCCAGACUUCGACAAUAUGAACAAUAUGAUGAUGAAGGUGAAGUCAUCCAACCCUCUUGGUUCCGUCGUGUUCGAAACACAACUCAUGCCUUUUUGUCACCAGCCUUUUGGAAAGAAAAACUCGGUAAAAGUGAAGAUGAAAUUUUGGUGGAUUUGCCUUUACUUUCAUGGGCCUACUUGGAAAUUGGUGUGAUUGAAGCGAUUGGCGCAAUGACUACCUACUUUGUGGUAAUGUGGUACAAUCAUAUCGAUCCAGUGGAUAUUACAACAAUGCAACGUGGAGUGUCUGGUCCUACUUAUUACUUCUCGAACGGGCCAUUAUAUGCUCAAGAUUUUGUGACAGCUCGUGGAUUUACAUUGAAUGCGGAACAACAACAUCGAGCCCUUGCACAAGCUCAAUCUAUGGUAUACUUUGGCAUCAUGAUUAUGCAAAUGUUCAAUCUGUUCGCUUCCAAGACAAGAUAUACACUUCCUUUAGGUCGUUACGCCUUCUCCAACAAAUACUCUUUCCUUGGUAUUUUUGGUGGUGCAAGUUUGGGUACCUUGAUUGUAUAUUGUCCUCCUUUCAACAUUGCUUUUGGAUCCGAAUAUCAUACAUUACCUUUAUGGUGGUUGAUUCCCUUUGGAUUUGGUUGGGUCAUCAUCUUGUAUGCUUGUUUACGCAUGUACAUUUUCAACAAAAUACAACCUAUUCGUUGGAAUCCUACUAUCCAAGGUUUACGCAUGCAUCCAACUAUUCGUACCAUGGCAAGUCGACGUAGCAGUCAAAAUGUAGUUUAGUUUAUUUCAUUUUCGUUUUAUCUCUUUUAGUUUUUAUUACUGUAUCUCUUCCCCUUUUUUUAUUCCGUUAGAUUUUAUUUUCUCUUUUUUUUUUUGCAUUGAUGUUUAUUAUUUUAUUCACUUUUACACUAGUCUACUCUACUUAUACACAAUAUGAUAUACAUAAUAAAUAAAUGAAAUCCUC